AACUGCAGAAGAAUUGGCUAAAAAGAGGAAUCGUUACCAUCAGGUCAGAACUGCAGAGGACUCGGGUAAACAGAGGAAUCGUCCUGAAGCUGCAAACAGUAGUUCUCCUGGCUACAACUACAACUGAUCCUUUUACUAUCAGAACCUGGAUGAAUGAGAAUCUUCAGAGGCGCCUCAUCGCAACUCGCACUGAACAUGGAUGCCAUGAAGGAAGAGGACAUCUAUGACUUUUUACCAGAGCAUUUGUCUACAGACACCAAAUAUAGUGGCACUUGUAGAGGUACUACACCAAUCUGCAAAGAAGAACCAUGUUUAUCCCAUGAACUUGAAGGAGGGGAGAAGUCUCAUGUCACGAAAUGUUGUGGUGAUGAGAGAACUUCUACAACUCAGCCAUCAACUCCAUCCCAACAGGCAAUACCUGUGAAGGUGAUUAAAGAAGAGGAUAUUUAUGAUUUCCUCCCCGAGUAUUUGUACAGAACAAAGGAGGAAGAGAAUGAAACAGGCACAUCGUACAUGAAAGAAGAAGCCAUGGGCGUGAAAAGAGAAACAGAGUCUUCUCUAAUGGAAUGCAAUGGAGACAUAGCCCUAAUAGAUGAACACCAGACAGCUUCUACUAGCACAGACCAUCAACAGUGUGCCACAUCUGAAAAGAGUUUCGAAGCAGAAUCCAUGCACCAGGAACCCCAUUCAAAUGUGCCACAUGUGGAAAAGACUUUAAACGGAAAGAUCACCUCAUGAUUCACCAGAGAACCCAUACUGGAGAAAGGCCUUACCAGUGUGCUACAUGUGGAAAAGGCUUUAAAAAGAAAAGUCACCUCAUGUAUCACCAGAGAACCCAUACUGGAGAAAGACCAUAUCCAUGUGCUACAUGUGGGAAAGGCUUUACAACUAUAAGUGCUCUCACCAUCCAUCAGAGAACCCAUACUGGAGAAAGGCCUUACCAGUGUGCUACAUGUGGAAAAGGAUUUACAGAGAAAGGCAGCCUCAUUUCCCAUCAGAGGAUCCAUACUGGAGAUAAACCAUAUCAAUGUUCAACAUGCGGAGCAGCCUUUUCACAACUCACCUCUUUGGCUUAUCACCAGAAAACCCACACUGGAGAAAGGCCUUACCAGUGUACUACAUGUGGAAAAGGCUUUAAACAGAAAUGUACCCUCAUCACCCAUCAGAGAAUCCAUACUGGAGAAAGGCCUUACCAGUGUGCUACAUGUGGAAAAGGAUUUGGACGGAAACAUUGUCUCAACAGGCACCAGAGAAUCCAUGCUGGAGAAGGUCCUCAGUAGUCUGCUAUGUGUAGUCCAGGCUUUGCCCUGAAAGAUCUCAUCUCCCAUCAGAACAUCCUUCAGAAAUCUAUUUCUUGUGUUUUUGACUACUUUUUAAAUGAAGUUUCUUUUCAUGGCACAA